GUUUUGAAUCCCAAUUUAAGUCGGAUUGAAUCCAACCAGAGAUCCAAUAAAAGUUUGACAACCUUAUCAUACACCUUUCCCAACAACUCAUUCCAAGUUAAUGGAUGACAACCAAUAGCAACACAAACAGCGCCGCAUAUAGUGGACGGCCGGUGAGAACCCGGCACGGCGGCACCGCCGCAGUCAUUAUCCUCUUUACCAGGAGUCAUCCUCGCCACGUCUACCUCAUCGAUUGGCCAAUGUUCGAUUCCAUGCUCCGAAACAAACAAAGAAACAAAUUCUUACUUUCCUUUUUCUUCUACUCCAUCGUCAUCCGUCUUUUUAAUGCCCACCUAAUCCCUCUACCAUAUGGAAUCAACCAUUUCUUGGCGUAGUCGCUCACUCUCACCAAUCUUCCCUCCCCUGCCGCCAUUCCGCUCGCCGCACCACCCAGUUGUCAAGCUCCCGUCGCGUUUCUCACUACCGCCGUGGUCUUCCAUUUCCAUGGCGUCGCCUCCCCUCCAAGUCUCUGCUUCGUCCGCCAUUGGUGCCAAAGGCGACGAAGCGAUGAAGACCGCUUCUUCUGGUCUCGUCGGAGAGACUGAUCUGCUCAUAGUCGGCUCCGGAGUAUUGGGUCGCUUAGUGGCGGAGAAAUGGCGGGAGGAAAACCCUGGUAGUCAAAUUGUGGGACAAACGAUGACUGAGGAUCACCAUGAGGAAUUGAUCAAAUUGGGGAUCAACCCUUCUGUAAGAGGGACUCAAUCGAAUCAACAGUACCCUUAUGUAAUCUUCUGUGCUCCUCCCUCUCGAUCUGUUGACUAUCCUGCCGAUGUCAGGGAAGCUGCAUUGAGAUGGAAUGGUGAAGGCUGUUUCCUGUUCACUUCGAGCUCUGCGCCUUAUGACUGCUACGACAAUGGAGACUGCAAUGAGGACUCUCCAGUUGUGCCAAUUGGGAGAAGCCCUCGAACAGACGUCCUUCUCAAAGCAGAACAAGUAGUUCUGGAACGUGAGGGUUGCGUGGUUAGAUUGGCUGGACUCUAUAUAUCCUUUCUCUCCAAGACCUGAUGAACAUUUUUAGUUGUUUUGCCUCUUUCAAAAGAGAAGUUAGGCAUGUUGUUUUGUGUGCUUUUGAUUGUUGACCUUAAUUGGGAUUUACAAAUCAGAUAGAGGUGCACAUACUUACUGGUUAGAGAAAGGAACUGUCGACGUUCGGCCGGAUCACAUCCUGAAUCUCAUACACUACGAGGAUGCUGCAUCUCUCUGCAUAACAAUCCUGAAAAAGAAACUCCGUAGCCAGAUUUUCUUAGGCUGCGACAACCAUCCACUUUCUAGGUACAUCUUAGGGCGCAGUAAACCCUUUUCUUUCACAAUGUGCUGACUAAAACGUCUGCCAGUCUCAGCUAUCGGUUUGCUCAGAUCAGCAAACCAAUGGCUAAGAGCCUAAGACACAUUCUGCACUUUUGAAAGAUGACUAGAUGAGGGUGUUUUCCAAGUUAAGGGGGAGCAUGUUUUCACUUCUUCCUCUUUCCAAUUCAUGCAGGCAGGAAGUGAUGGACCUGGUUGCUAAAAGUGGCAAGUUUAGCAAGAAAUUUGAGGGCUUUACUGGAACAAGUGACCCUCUUGGUAAGAAACUAAACAGCUCGAGAACGCGCCAGGUGCUCUCAUGGGAACCUAAGUAUCCCAGCUUAGCUCACUUUCUUGGAGUGGCCUCAUCAGAAUGAGUUCAACUUAUUGGGGAACAAAAUGUAAUUUCGAGUUGCACAGUGAAUCUGAAUAGAGAGGCGAUGGUGCCAUUGAAGAGAAUAAGAGGUGGUUGUGCAUUGUGAUUUAGAAAAUACACACCAUCUUUAGCUGUCUGUUGCCAUGUACAGAUUAAGAGUUUGGAACUGCAAAAGUGCAACAUGGUGAAGUAUAGAGCAGAAUUCGAGCCAACCAUCCAGCAGCAGCCAUGGCCACCGCGAUUCUAGCGUUCAAUCACUUUGUGUGCUUGAAUGAGGCCAUGGACUGGAAGAAGUACCGCCGGAGGAGACACAGAUCACGACGCGUAAAACCUCGUGAAUGGCACCUCUGUGGAGGACCCCUAGAACCUCCAUACCCUUCUUGGUAGGGAGAUCUGCAAGAGUGAGGCGGCGAGAAUGAGUCUCGUCCAUCAUCCUGAAUCCAUAGAACCAUCUCCCGAGCUUCCACCAUUUUACACACACUUGCCGCUCGGAGAUCCAGCAGCCCUUCAGUGCUUCCACAACUUCCCAUGCCUGGAAUGACACCGUAAAAGCUUACCCAAAUCACACUCAAAUCGCUCUUUAAACACAACUAUCUGCACAGCAACUCCACAGCUGCAAUUGAAACCGAACUUACCACACACUAUUGCGUUGAUACACACGGAUUUUCGAUCUAACAAACCUAUUCAAAGCGCGGCUUAGCUACUAAAGUUCAAAUCAAAACCAGGGGAAUCUGAUUUUGUUAUUUUACCGGGAGUUGGAGGCAGGAGAUGGAGUAAUGCAAUGCAACCAAGUUAAGAAGGACGGACAGGUGCGGCUUGAAGAGGAACAUUCGAACGUCUGCAAAUGCAAACUCCAACGAGCUCAAUUCCCCAAUUGCCUCAACGUAAUCCCCAACUUCCAUUGAUUCAGCCCCACAGCUUUGAUUCACGAAUCCGACCACCGCGCCAGCUCUUCUGGCCAUCUCCCUGUGCUUCCCGGCGUAAACCUCCCUCCACCUCUACAAAAAAAGAAAUUCCGAUCCCCAAAAAUCAGAAACCCGGCCGGAGAAGACACCGUACGGGGAAACAAACAAGAAGAACCAAUCAUUCGGUUACCAAAGAAGAGGAAUCUCGGGGGAAAGCGGCGGAGGGCCAUCUCCGGCGGGCGAGCGAUUCCCAGAUGGAAUCGGAGCUGCAAAGUUCCCUCCAGUAGCGAGAGCACCUGCUUAGAACGCAGACGUCCAGAACCUUCCGCCACCGGAAGGUAGGAAGCGAUUUUAACGCAGACAUCGAACGGCAGCAGGCCGUUCUCCAGGCUCGACGCCGAUUCGUUCAUCAACGGAGAACUGUUUUUCCGGCCGAGUGAUUCAUUUCAGGAGCUUUCACUGUGAAAGAACGGGGCGAUGCAGGUGAUGCUUUUUUCUUUGUUUCCAAAAGCAGUAGUUGUGUUGCCGAUUCAGACGAGGUGUUGUCCGUCAGUUAGUUGUGUAUAACGGCAGAGGAACCAACGUGGCGCGUUUUGAGAGAAACACGU